AACUCAGGCAAACAGAGAGAGAGAGAGAGAGAGAGAGAGCUGUUCAGUGAGGGGUCCUUGGAGUGGGGUUCAGAGCAGGCAGCGUCCAGUCUGGCAGGAAGUGUUGUGUGUUCUCGGAGACGUGCCUGGAGUGGCCAAACCAUGCUGAGUGUGGGGGAGAGAAACCCAGCGCUACUCCCAAGAUGAAGGCGGAGAUGCAGGCUUCUUCCAGAGAGACAGGAGUUUUUUUACUUUUCCAGAAACUGUGCAUCCUCACCUGUUUCCUGUCAGUGGUCAGUGGAGUGAACAUCACCUGCCCAUCCUCUAUCAUAAGAGGUACCUUAGGUGGCUCGGCCCUGCUCUCCGUCAGCUACACCAGCACCAGCUCUGACAAACCCGUCAUCAAGUGGCAGCUGAAGAGGGACAAACCUGUCACUGUGGUUCAGUCUAUCGGCACUGAUAUCAUUGGGAACUUGCGGAGCGAAUACCGUGGCCGCAUCAUGCUCUUCGAAAACGGCUCACUGCUGCUCAACUACCUGCAGCUGUCAGAUGAGGGUGCUUAUGAAGUAGAGAUCUCCAUCACUGAUGACACCUUUACCGGGGAGAAACAUAUGAACCUCACUGUAGAUGUUCCUGUGUCCAGGCCAUUUGUCCAUCUGGUGGCUUCCUCUGUGCUGGAGCUUACUGAGCACUUCACACUGAACUGCACUCAUGAAAGAGGCACAAAGCCUAUUUACGGAUGGCUGAAGGGUGGGAAGCCUCUGACCAAUGACUCACGUCUGCUCCUGUCACAUGACCAGAAAGUUCUGACCAUCUCCAGGGUGGUGAUGUCAGAUGAUGAUAUCUACACCUGCACUGUGGAGAAUCCCAUCAGCAGUAUGAAGAGCAUACCUGUCAGACUCACAGUCUACAGACGAAGCUCUCUCUAUAUCAUCCUUUCCACUGGUGGAAUUUUCUUGCUCAUAACCUUGGUGACGGUGUGUGCCUGCUGGAAGCCUUCUAAAAAAAAAAGGCAGCAGCCUGUCCUGCAGAGCAGGCAGAACAUAGAGCAGAGCAAUGGCAAUCAUGAAGUUGCAGUUGAUAUUGUGCCAGGAAGAAGCUACCAUAAUCGGAAAGGCCCGGGUGGAUUAUACGUCCUGAAGGAGACGGACUUUGGAGAAGAACAGGACGAGGAGACAUGUAACUACAUCCACCCUUUAGAUCCACACAGUCCACCUUGCUAUCCUAGCACAUUCUCCUCUCCAGAAGCAUAUACCUACUCAGGAAGAAGAUACCCUCGCACCCCUGUCCCCUCUCCUCCCCUGACCCCGACCUCCGCCAUGGCUGCGCCAUCCUCACCACACUUGCGAAGCUUACCGCGAAAGUCCCACCCAUCAGCUGCAAGCCCCGCUCCCUCACACACAGAGGAUCAGUCGACUGGACACGAGACUAGCAUUCACAGUCGCAUUUAACCAGCAAAUCAAAGCACACUGUUAGAGACAAAGAAAAGGGAAAUGUUUGAGUGUACAUGUUAACGUGUAGAGGUCUGGGAAAACUGUUCUUACACUGAAUUUCUCUUUUAUAUGAAUCUCUAUUAAAAGUAAAAUUUUAGCAUUUUAAACCAUUUUUAUCCCCUGAAGUGAAAAAGAGAACAUUUCAUUUCAUGAUUCUACUCUGACUCCACUGCAGACAUUCUUGUUAUGGAAGCUGAAAACUUGUUAUGGAAGCUGAAAUAAGUUCUCAGAAUGAUUACUGUUAAAUACACUACAUUGCCAAAAGUUUUGGGACAUCUGCCUUUACAUGAACAUGAAUGUAAUAUGGAGUUGGUCCACCCUUUGCAGCUAUAAUAGCUUCAACUCUUCUGGGAAGAAUUUCCACAAGGUAUAGGAGUGUGUUUAUGGGAAUUUUUGACCAUUCCUCUAGAAGAGCAUUUGUGAGGUCAGGCACUUUAGUUGGACGAGAAGGCCUGGCUUACAGUCUCCGCUCUAAUUCAUCCCAAAGGUGUUCUAUCAGGUUGAGGUCAGGACUCUGGUCAGACCAGUCAAAUUCCUCCACACCAAACUCUCUCAUGGACCUUGCUUUGUGCACUGGUGUGCAGUCAUGUUGGAACAGGAAAUGGUCAUCCCCAAACUGUUCCCCCAAAGCAUGAAAUUGUCCAAAAUGUCUUGGUAUGCUGAAGCAUUAAGAGUUCCUUUCACAGGAACUAAGUGGCUGAGCCCAACUCCUGAAAAACAACACCUGAAUUCAGUGAUUUGGAGGGGUGUCCCAAAACUUUUGGCAAUAUAGUGUAUCUGAAUUUAUUAGGCUUAUGCUUAUUUCACUAGAGUAUGUAAUUAUCAAACAACUUGAUAAAAUUAGGACGUUCACAACAGGACAAAGAUUUUAAUUUUUAGUACUAAUAACCAGCAUUCAAAUAUAAGAAAUCAAAUAUAAGUUAUGCAUAAAGGGUGGAGUUUGACUAAUGCAGACUUCAGCCCAUUUUUCUUCCAUGACAUAUAGUAAUAAAGAGAGAAAUAAAUUCAACAUAACUGUCUGAUUUUUUUAUGUAAACCGCUAUAUGUCAUGCUGGAGCAUAUGUCUUGGGCUGUAAAUAAACUAUAGAAUGUUGACCAAUAUUAAGUGCAUAAAUAAUUCUGUCAUCUCUUUAAAAUCCACAAAAUGUUUUAUUUUGCAUCUUUCAUUUUAAAAAAAUACACUAUUGAAAAACCCAGUCCUGGACACUUCUACUCAAGAUAAAUCUGGCAACCUUGAAAGUGUGAAAUAAACCCUAUGAACCUAUCACUCUAUGAAUCUAUCACACUCAUGUGCUUUUCGUACAGAUUUAGUCCCAAUUUUGCUGUUAUAAUAACCUCCACUCUUCACGGAUGGCUCUCCACUAGAUUUUGGAGUCUAACUGUGAGGAUUUGUGCAUUAGAGAGGUCAGGAACUGAUGUCAGGUGAGGAGGGUCUGGGGUGCAGUCGGUGUGUCCGUUCAUAUCAGUGGCUGUUUUGGCAGCAAAAGGGGGACCAACACAAUAUUAGGCAGGUGCUCAUAAUGUUGUGCCUGAUCAGUGUAUAAUCUUAAUGCAACAUAUAGAAAAGAAAGCAUAACGUUCACCUCAUAACCUUUGGACUUUUGUCACAUGAAUGAGUGUAUCAUACCAGCAAGUAUGGUUAUGCAGACUGACUGUUUAUAUAGCUGUGUUUGUAAAAAUCAGCUUCUUACCCAAUGUAGUGAAAAAAUGUAAAGCACAUUUUUUGUCCAAAAUUCAGCCCCAGGAUUUCCCAGGCUGCUACACAUACUGUAUACUGUCGUUGGUAAUAAAAUUAAAUGUCUGACAGAAGUCAAACAUGUCAGAUUACAUAUAGAAGUACCAGAUAUAUGUGGGGGUCAUGUUGUGAAGUGGCUUUAUGUAAGUUCAAAAAUCAACAUACCUGUACUUCAUGUCCAUUUAUUGCUAUGUUUCUACUUGAGAGAAUGUUAAAUGGAGCACUUUUCAAUUCUUAAAGCAAUAUCAGACACCUAACAUAGCAAUAAACAUUGAAUAGUGGACUGGACAGUCUUUCAAUAAAUAAAACAUGUUAUGUCUAUGAUA